AUGGCGGAAGGAAAGAAGACUUCGUGCACAGCCAGCCUCUAUCUGACUGUGGAUAAAAUCACAACCCUUUCAAGCCUCAGCUUCCCUAUCUGUAUUUCUGGGAAGAGCCAACUUCUGUUUGCACUGGUUUUCACUACUCGUUAUCUGGAUCUCUUUACUUCAUUUAUUUCACUGUAUAAUACAUCUAUGAAGCUUAUCUACAUUGCUUGUGCAUAUGCCACUGUGUACUUAAUCUACAUGAAGUUUAAGGCUACAUAUGAUGGAAACCACGACACAUUCCGAGUGGAGUUUCUGGUGGUCCCUGUUGGAGGGCUAUCGUUUCUAGUCAAUCAUGAUUUCUCUCCACUUGAGAUCUUGUGGACCUUCUCGAUCUACCUUGAGUCAGUUGCUAUCCUCCCACAGCUCUUUAUGAUCAGCAAAACUGGGGAAGCUGAGACCAUCACUACUCAUUAUCUUUUCUUCCUUGGCCUAUAUCGUGCCUUGUAUCUAAUUAAUUGGAUUUGGCGCUACUAUUUCGAGGGUUUCUUUGACCUCAUAGCUGUCGUUGCUGGUGUGGUCCAGACUAUUCUCUACUGUGACUUCUUCUAUUUGUACGUUACAAAAGUACUCAAGGGAAAGAAGCUCAGUUUGCCAGCGUAAGUGCCAAAGACCAUCGCCAGCAUCUGUCCUUCAGGAUGUUUGGACAGAAUUCUUAUCACAAACAAAGGCAUAAGAUGCUUGAGACAGAAAAAUCAGAAACUCAACUUUUUUAUUGCAGAUAGUCAUCAGCGGCUCUGUAAGAACACAGAGGAAAGUAAACCAGCGGAUUUC